GCGCGGCCCAAAGAUGGCGGCGGCCGGGCGCCUGGGGCAGGCUUGGUAGUUGCGCUCGGCUCCGUCGCGGGGCCCCUCGGGCGCCCCCUGCCGGCGGCCGGGCCGGGCCGGGCCUGGCGGAGGUCAUGGACGGCUCUUUCGUGCAGCACAGCGUCCGCGUCCUGCAGGAGCUGAACAAGCAACGCGCCACGGGCCAGUUCUGCGACGCCACCCUGGACGUGGGCGGCCUGGUGUUCAAGGCGCACUGGAGCGUCCUGGCCUGCUGCAGCUGCUUCUUCCAGAGCCUCUACGGCUUCGGCCCCUCCAGCAGCAUCAUCCUGCCAGAGAGCUUCGCUGAGAUCUUUGCCCUGCUGAUGGACUUCUUCUACACGGGGCAUCUGGCGCUGACCGCCGAGAACCGGGAGAAGGUGUUGGCGGCCGCCAAGGAGCUCUGUGUCCCUGAGGCCAUAGCGCUGUGCCAGAGCUUCAGGCCAAAACGCAGUGAGGGCAGUGCCCAGGCCUGCCAGCCUCCACAGGAGCCGGCUCCCGAGGAAGAUGUCAAUGGCUACUCAAAGGUCGCAGACUCCGAUGCAGAAGAAGCUGCCAAAGCAGCGACUAAAACCCCUAUUGCUGGUGAAGCCAGCCCUAGCCACUGCAUGCGGAGAGCCAAACUAACACAGGGACCAAGUGAGAGCCCUUCUCUUCUUAAGGGAAGGCUUAAAAGGGCUGUUAAAACAAAUUCAGGGGAAAUAAAGAGCUCCCAAGAAUGUAAAGAACUAAAAAGGCUGCCUAAAAGAGGAGGCACCGAGGACAGAGACAUCAGUAACAAGUGGGAAAUACAAGUUGUUCAAGAUCCUGAUGAUGUAACAACAGAAGAUUAUGGAGUAGUUCAUAAGGAAACUGAUGAAGAUUACAUUCCCAAGAAAAAGAACUUGAGGACCAAAAAGAAAUCAAAUUUGGCAAAAAAGCCAAGCAGUUCUGAGACUGCAGGGAACACUGAACAGUCAGAGGCUGGGACUCCUGGGAACAGAAAAGGUACAUCUGUGCCAGUUGAAUGCCCCACAUGUCAUAAAACGUUCCUCAGCAAAUAUUAUCUAAAAGUGCACAACAGGAAGCACACUGGAGAAAAGCCAUUUGAAUGUGCCAAAUGUGGGAAGUGCUAUUUUAGGAAGGAGAAUCUGCUGGAGCAUGAAGCGAGAAACUGUAUGAAUCGUUCGGAGCAGGUUUUCACUUGCUCGGUCUGCCAAGAGAUAUUUAAGAGGCGAAUGGAAUUACGGCUACAUAUGGUGUCACACACCGGGGAAAUGCCAUAUAAGUGCUCCUCCUGUGUCCAGCAAUUCAUGCAGAAAAAGGAUCUGCAGAGUCAUAUGAUCAAGUUACAUGGUGCUCCAAAACCACAUGCGUGCUCCACCUGCUCCAAGUGCUUCCUGUCACGGACAGAGCUGCGCUUGCAUGAGGCAUUCAAGCACCGUGGGGAGAAGCUGUUUGUCUGCGAAGAGUGUGGGCACAGGGCCUCGAGCCGCAAUGGCCUGCAGAUGCACAUCAAGGCAAAGCACAGGAAUGAGCGCCCCUACGUCUGUGAGUUCUGCCAUCACGCCUUCACCCAGAAGGCCAACCUCAACAUGCACCUGCGCACACACACAGGGGAGAAACCCUUCCAGUGCCACCUCUGUGGGAAGACCUUCCGCACGCAAGCGAGCCUGGAUAAGCACAACCGCACACACACAGGUGAGCGCCCAUUCAGCUGUGAGUUCUGUGACCAGAGGUUCACGGAGAAGGGGCCCUUGCUGAGGCACGUCGCCAGCAGGCACCAGGAGGGGAGACCCCACUUCUGCCAGAUCUGUGGAAAAACCUUCAAAGCUGUUGAACAGUUGCGUGUCCAUGUUCGCAGACACAAAGGAGUGAGGAAAUUUGAAUGCACUGAAUGUGGCUACAAGUUCACACGACAGGCCCAUUUGAGGCGCCAUAUGGAGAUUCAUGACCGGGUAGAAAACUAUAAUCCGCGCCAGAGAAAGCUGAGGAAUCUGAUCAUAGAGGAUGAGAGAGCUGUUGUGGUAGCAAUGCAAGCACCCCAAGAACUGGAGGUGGGAUCUGCAGAAGUCAUUGUGGAAUCACUCUCACACAGCUCCCUGGCUGAAGAGAUUCCUGUACAGAGACUCUGCUCAAAUGAGGACUUCUCUACCACAGAUGUUAUUGAACAAUCUCUUAUAAUUACUACAACAAUCCCUGAAGACUGUGAAACAUAACACUUGUAUCCCCAUGCCAACCAGAAAAAAUAAAGCAUUAGGUUGGACUGAC